CCUCACCACUGCCACUGAACCCUGACAGGCAUGGAACUUGCAGCUGAACCUGAACCUAUCAGGGACAACAAACACCAAAAUAAAAAGCUACCUGAUAAUAUCACACAGCAAGGGAUCUAUGCAAAUGUAGACACCAAGACUCCUAUGAACCAACCUGGCUUCCUCAGAUGUGUGCUUGCCAUUCUGACGGUUCUCUGCAUCACUUUGGGAGUAUCUAUGGUGACCUUGCAUGUGUACAGACAGACAUCUAUUGGGUCUCAGGUUAAAGAGCUGAAGACUGAGCUGGAGCAACUGAAGAUGAAAGGAGGAGCAAAAAUUGCAUUCUCUGCCUCUCUUUGGGAGACCGGAGAACAACGCUUUGAUGUUGCCCCAAUUCUAGCUUACAAGCGUAUCUUCACUAACAUUGGAAAUGCAUAUGACUCCAAUACAGGGAACUUUAUUGCUCCUGUGAAGGGUGUCUACUUCUUUUGCUUCAACGCGUUUGGCUACAGUGGCUCCGUGAGUGGUGCCAUUCUCACCAAGAAUGGGCAGCUGAUGGUCUCCACCUACGAGCUCGCCUCCAGCGGCGACGCCUCUGACACCACGGGCAACUCCGUCAUCCUGCAGCUGGAGGCCGGAGAGAGCGUGUCUAUGAGGUUGUGGCAGAACGCCAGCGUAUUUGACCAUCGUAACGGCCUCAACACCUUCAGUGGCUUUCUCCUUUUCGCAUUGUAGAUGGGCACUGUGGUCAAAUUCAUUGAAUGUUCACUUCAACAUGCUUAUUCUUGUAAUGUACUGUAUGUCCAUAUAAUAUCACUGUAGCUUUUGAACAGUGUUUGCCACUUAUCUAAAGAAUAAACCAAUGUAUGUUUCUAAACAAAUACAUUUGUUGUUAUAUAAAUAUAAGUUGCUUUGAGCUGUUAACUGGGGGAUUAAA